UCAAUACGCCUCCUGUAGAUAACAGGCGCGUCUAGAUCACCACAAUACGCACAGCACCAUGGAGAUGAAGGUGGCAGUAUUUUGUCUCAGCGUUGUGCUGAUCGCUGGCCACGUCAGUGCACAGACACGUCGCAAUGUUCUUCUUGUAUAUGGUGACGAUGCCGGGUUCCAGAUGGGCGCCUACAACAACACGGCCUGCAAGACGCCAAACUUCGACAAGCUGGCCGCCAGGAGCGUCGUAUUCAAACAUGGCUACACCUCCGUUAGUAGCUGCUCGCCCAGCAGGUCCGUGUUGCUGACUGGCCUCCCUCAGCACCAGAACGGGAUGUUUGGCUUACAUCAAGAUCCGCACCAUUUCAACAGUAUGGACACAGUCCGGGCACUUCCUACCAUCCUCGGCCAAGCUGGGAUCAGAACAGGCAUCAUUGGCAAGAAGCACGUUGGGCCUGAUGAUGUGUACAAGUUUGACUAUGAGCAGACAGAAGAGAACAACGUCAUGAAUCAGGUUGGAAGGAACAUCACCUACAUGAAGAACUAUGUCCGUGAAUUCCUCAAUGUUCAGGACACUAGGCCAUUCUUCCUCUAUCUGGCUUAUCACGACCCUCAUCGUUCUACAAAUCCAAAUCUCGGGCAGUUCUGUGAGCGCUUCGGCGACGGCCAAGCAGGCCACGGAGUCAUCCCUGACUGGAAGCCGGUGACCUACAGACCUGAAGAUGUCGAGGUCCCCUACUACCUGCCGGACACUCCGGCCACCCGCCAGGACCUCGCCAACAUGUAUAAAACCUACAGUAGGAUGGACCAAGGGUUGGGCAUAUUCCUCAAGGAGCUUGAAGACGCAGGUUUCAUCGACAACACCCUCAUCCUCUUCUCCUCCGACAACGGCAUCCCUUUCCCGGGAGCCAAGACCAAUCUGUAUGACCCAGGGAUGGGGGAACCGAUGAUGGUGUCUUCACCGCUCCAUAAAGAACAUUGGGGAAAGGUCACGGAGGCAAUGGGGAGUACGAUGGACUUCGCGCCCACCGUCCUGGACUGGUUCAACGUCACCUACCCCAAAUACGCCAUCGACGGCAAGCAGGACGUGACGCUCACAGGGAAGUCCCUUCUCCCUGUGGCCGCGAACCCAGACACGAGCCAACCCGAGUACUCCUUUGUCUAUUCCAGCCACGACAUGCACGAAGUCACGAUGUUUUAUCCAAUGAGAGUCCUCCGUACAAACCAGUACAAAUUAAUCCACAAUUUGAACAGCCAUGCUCCAUAUCCAUUGGCUGGAGACAUCUACCAAUCACCGACCUUCUUGGAUCUUCUAAACCGUACCCACAACAACGUUGAAACCCAUUGGUUCAAACCGCUGAACACUUACUAUUACCGCGACCAAUGGGAACUGUACGACCACCAGGCGGAUCCAAUGGAGUUACGUAACUUGGCUAACGUGUCAGAAUACCAGUCAGUGCUAACAAGCAUGAAAAAGCAAUUGUUUGGAUGGCAGACGGUAACCAGCGACCCCUGGCGGUGUUACCCAGCAGGUGUUCUACAAGGAGACAGUUGUGGUCCGCUGUAUAACGGGGAGUCUCCUUCUGUGUAAAGACGAUUAAACCGUGAUGACAAAUAAUACCAAAAUUUACGUUUAAUUCCCUUAUGCAUGUACUUUAAUAUUUAUGUAUUAAAUAAUAUAUAUUG